ACUGUUGAGUACAGGAAGAAGCAGUCUGAAACUAGACUGGCAAACAAGACGCAAAAUAUGCUUGGGAAUAGCGAAAGGGCUUGCGUUUCUUCACGAAGAUUCAGCGGUCAAGAUCAUUCACCGAGACAUCAAAGGGACAAAUGUACUGCUUGACAAGGAUCUGAACUCAAAGAUCUCAGACUUCGGAUUGGCCAGGCUCCAUGAAGAUGAUCAGAGUCACAUUACCACCAGAGUUGCAGGAACAAUAGGAUAUAUGGCUCCUGAAUAUGCAAUGAGAGGUCACCUAACAGAGAAGGCAGACGUUUACAGCUUCGGUGUGGUAGCAAUGGAGAUCAUUAGCGGAAAAAGCAACGCAAAUUACACUCCAGAUAACGAAUGUUGCGUUGGCCUUCUCGAUUGGGCGUUUGCACUACAAAAGAAAGGGGCUUUCUCGGAGAUUCUUGAUCCCAAGCUUGAAGGAGUGUUCGACGUGAUGGAAGCAGAGAGAAUGAUAAAGGUUUCACUUUUAUGCUCCAGCAAGUAUCCAACAUCAAGGCCGAGCAUGUCGGAAGUUGUAAAGAUGCUCGAAGGAGAGACUGAGAUAGAACAGAGCAUCUCAGACCCCGGAGGUGAAUUCAGGUUCAAGAGAUCGUCGGAGAUAGGGACAUCGUCUUCACCUUUAGAUUACCUCGUGUCGGUUACUUCGUCCUGUGAAUCUGCUUACGAUUUGUACCCUCUUAGUGCGGAAUCCAUUGUUUUCUCUAGACCAUAAUAGCGUACACGGAGGUUUCGAUUAAGAUCUCUGUUACGUUAGGUUUUUUUUUCUAAUAAAUUUCAUUGUCAAAGACUG